UUUUGUAUCUCGUGUAUUUUUGCAAAACGUUCAUAUUUUCGAAAAUGGCGCCGACGAAAUUUGGGCUAUUCAAGUCCAGAAGUAGGGAGCAGCCUGAACAGCCUUCCACUGAGAACCUUCUAGAAAGCAACAACGAAGUUGAUCAUUAUAAGACCCCAGAUUCGCCCGUGCCCUCGACAAGCAAAGGCUUCAUGGGCAACGAGGACAUGAUUCCCGCGGAAAUAUUCUCCAUCCUUAGCAUAGACGACGACGACGAUGAUGAGAUAAUCUACGACGAUCAUCCGAGAUCUCGACCAGCGAGUCAGUGCAGCAAAUUAGAAGAGCAACAGAUAGACUACCACCAAUUCCAAAACCCAUCUUCCGGGACAUCGACGAGCACACUCGAGGAUCUCGACCAAUUAUCACAAAUCCACGACGAACCAGACACGAUAGCGUUAGACGAGGACGCGUCGACGACGUACGACGCCAACUCGAUACAGUUCGACGAGAGCUCGAUAGCGGACAGCGAGGAUGUGUCGAUGUACUGUGCCAUGUUGAAGAAACCCAAGAAGAGCAGAUCCAAGGAACAGCAGCUGACUGAUUUGGAUAUGUGGCAAGCCAGCAACGUGGAAGUUAUGCAGAACCUCCUAAGACGUAGCGGGACUCUAGACGAACAAAUCAAGUGGGAGGCGAUAGCGACCUCUCGCGGGCUUUGCACCCUCACCGACAGCUGCACGUGUGAUGAUUGUACGGGGGCUAAGUACCUCGCGGGCGUCACGGACGGCGACGGGGGUUUGGGCGCUGCGCCCUUACUCACAGCCAUUAACGUUGGCUGUCAGAUACAGUAACUGCAUGUACCAAGGGUUUAACCACAGAAAAAACAUUAGUACCUUUUAAGAUAUUGAACACAGCAAAAACAUGAGUACCACAGAAAAAGGAUAAGUGGAACCUUCUAGGUACAGAAGGCUUACUCUACAAAGAUUUUUAACUACGACAUAACAAAUGAUUCACGGCGGUAGCUCGCACAGUGCUGCGGCCUAAAAUUUAACAAAUGCCUCUCUUUCUAACUCAUAACUCUAUCGGAACCGGAAUUCGAUUUGAGUUUUCAAGAGUGAGUAGCAAGAGAAGAAUGAAUAGGCAUCUUCUAAGUAUCUCGCGGGCGUCACGGACGGUGACGGGCCGCCAUUAAUGUUGGCUGUCAGAUACAGUAACUGCUUGUACCAAGGGCUUAACCACAGAAAAAACAUUAGUAGAACCUUCUAGAUACAGAAGGCUUACUCUACAAAGAU